GAAGCGGCUAAUUUGCCCUGUUCGUUACGGUGUAUUGCCUUCUCGAGACUACUGUUCCUAGUUGUUUUUACCGUUCUGUAGCUCUUAGUAGUGUCCUAUGAAUAAUUUUUUGUAUCUAACUUGUAUCGGCUGGAUUAAAGCAUCUCUGAUCUUUCAAAAAAUAGAAUUCAAUCUAUUUUUCCUUAAUUUUAUAACAUUUCAUUACUUCACUCGAGCAUCAUCCUCAGCUGCCGUUCAUUCGUUUUGUCAGUUGUGUUCGAUCAUUUUGCACAUCAAAGGAACUGGGUUUUUGUAACUAGGGCAAAGCGCUAGGCUAGUUACUUGUUAUAAUUAAAGAAAGACCAAUAUACACCACUAUUAAAUCGAAACUAUCUGAAAAGUAGACUGAGUUUAUGUCUACCUUACUUAUUUUGUCAAUAUUAGUACUGGAAUAAAUUAGAAUGUACAAUACGUGGCAUAAAUUGAUCAAUUACUUAAUCCAUGUAUACAAUUCACAACAUCAAUAGAUUAGGCUGUUUUUAAUAGAGGGGUGAAGAUGUAUAGCACAGAGAAGAAGCUCCACCAUUAGACUGCUUUGAAUGAAAAUUACUGUCAAGUCACUGGAUUAUAAAUUUUCUCUUGGCUAACAGUUUCUUGUGAAUUACUAUCAUCCUUGAUGCUGUGUAUUUUCUAGAAAAGGUUCAAUGCAAUUUCGCAAAGUAAUUUAUUACAGUUAUGCACAUAUUCAACCGACUCUAAUCUCCAGUUCAUUUCGCAAUCUGUCGACUUCAUCACAAUUAUUCAAACACCAGCAGCAAAGAUAUCGUGAGGCUAAAGUAACUGUAAAUGAAAAGUCGAAGAGUAGACGAGAUGCUGCUCGUGAACUAUUGAUGAAAACAAAUAGGACGAAGUGGGAGCGGGAAAUGGCUCAAUUAAAUAUUUUGAAAGGUCGAAUUCCAACUUCCGAUACUUACUUAAUAUCUGAAUUUGAGCCGAAAAAAUACAGUUUGUCAGAAGCUGUUGAGCUACUGCGUGAAAGUGCCCAGCCGGAUAUGUAUGAUUGUAUGGAUAAUCCAGUUCGAGUUAAGGUUACGCUCAAUAUGUGUACAAAGAAGAAGACAAGGUUCAUACCAAAAUUUGAAAGUAAUCUCGUUCUACCAAAUAUAUUAGAUUUUAUGCCUGCUCGUCGAGUAUUGGUCAUAUGUCAAAAUUCAGAUGAUCGUGAGGCAUAUUUAACUGCUGGUGCUUAUGAUGCUGGUGGAUCAGCACUUAUCCAACGUAUAAGUCAAGGUCACUACCAUUGGGGUGAAUAUGAUACUGUUGUCGCUCAUCAAAGUUGGGAAAGUCAGGUGACAAAAUUACGACAUAUUUUAAAAGAAAGAUUACCGACAAUAAAAAAUGGUAGAUUUGGUGAAGAUAUGAUGAAACUGAUGUCAAUCCAUUCGAAUAGUAUUCAACUGGAAUCAACCUCCAUUGAUGGUGUUCCUGAAAUUGGAUUACUGGAUAUAAUUUUGGGUCAGUCCCCUAUGAUGUCAUAUCAUUCAUUCUAUAGUUAUGUGAGAUCAACACCAACCGAGGAUGUGCACUAUUGCAUGGAUAUUAAUUUUCAUCAAGUUAUGAAUCUUCAUUAACGGAUGAAGCUAAAUUAUGUGUUGCAUUUAUCUAAUGUCAGCCUAUGUCUACACAUAAUGUCAACUAUACUGUAAUGAAUAGGUUGAAAAAAGCCAGGCGCGGCCAAACGAAGCUAAUGUGAUCAGUCUAUGAAUUUUAUUGACUCCUGAUAUGAAACCAUGUGAGUUCUGAUCUAUUGGAAAAAAAAUAGUUAGAAACCCUUAGGCGAUGUGGUUCACAGUUGGUUGUAGCGUGUUAUGUAACAGGUAAUUUGUCUCUUUUUGUCUAUCCAUCAAGAGUUUCAAUAUUAUUCCACACUUUUUAUUUCACGAGAAUGUACUAUAAAGUACUAUUGAAAUCCAGAAAGCACUACUCAGGUGUUUUGUCGUAGUGCGAGGCUCCUAGGCAUUGGGCACCUACGACCUUAUCUGAAAUCAAAAUGAGGAUCUUUAGGUUUAGAGAAUUUCUUGAGUAUUUUUCUAACAUCCAUUAACAACUGUUAAAGGUUAGUCUCUGUAAUUAUUGGACAAAUCUUGUAUACAUUCUUGUAGAGUUUACAAAGAGGUUUAUGUAUUUUUGUUAUUGAUGAUUUACACAUUCUGACUGUGCUAAUGUGAUAUGGCAACUCGAACUGAUGUACAUACGUACAAAGUUCUACGUUGUUACUGACUGACUGACAUUCUGAGUACUGGAUUUCAUUACUUUAUAUGUUUCAUUUCUUUGAAUAUCAAUAGUCUACUUCUUUAAAUCUUGUAUUAAUUCUUCUAGCUCUCAUGGGAUUUUAAUCGACUAGAAGAGAAUUUACGUAGUUAUUUGGAAUGUAUUGAAUCACAAAAGUCAUCUAGAAUUAUAAAUGAGUUCAUUCAAUCCGGUGAAAUUCAUUGUCCACCAACUGGUGAACGUUUUAUUUUAGAUAUUUCACAAUAUUGUUCUCUUGGUAACAAAUCUAAAGCAAAUCAACUUGUUGAUGAAGGUGAAGCAGAAGAAGAAGAAGAUGAUGAUGAUCAUGAUGAUACAAUUGAUAUGAUGAGUAUACAAAUAGAAAAACAACAAAAUACAAAUGAACUUGAUAUUUGAACCUCUUGUUAUUAACUAAUUAACACCUAAUGUAUGUGUACAUAUUAUUAUUAUUAAAAUACACUGAUUUCCCAAUUC